GAGAGAGAGGAGGGCAUCUAAUCGGAUUAAUGGAGGCAGAGUUUUGUAGCGCACGCGUCUAUUCUUCUCUUAUCUUCUUUUCACCCUUCAGUGCUGUUUGUUUGGAACAUCACAAUAUCUGAAAAGUUUUUCCAGGAAACAAAUUGCGACAUUCCGAAGACUUUCACUUUACAUGGAACUGCAAAUACACAUUGUCGGCAGUUUUCGGUUUCUGAUCGUCGCCUCGUGCUGCUGAUGAACACUACACUGACAGAGGGGUUACAGAGACAGCAGUUAUCAAAAUGAGCUGAUAAAACUACCCUACGUUAUUUUACAUGGACACCAAUUUCAGUGGGGGAAAUGAAGUCGCGGAUACCUAAAAGAAGAUUUGAACCUCAGUUUAAACGCUUUUUGCUCGUUUGGUAUCUAUGAUUUUAACGUAACGUUACACUACCUAAAUGCAGCCGAUGAAAAGCAGGAGGUGUUUGAACCGCACGACUUGAGGAUUUUAUCCUAUUGGGGUUAAAUGGUUCUGUUAACGGACAGACGGGAUGGCGGAGGAUCAUCUCCACGAAAGGUUAAACCACUUAAACAUGCUAAAAGCGCCCAGAUCUGUCCCACUAUCUUCGAGGAAUCACCCGAUCGCGCGGGCGAUGACGAUUAUGAUGCAUAUUUUGGCUCGGUUGAGUUGGAUGAGGACUUCGAGGAGUUGGAUGACUUCUGUGAACUGCCGGAUACCAGGAGUAUCGUCUCAGAUGACUCCUUCUACCCCCCGGACGGUGACUUCUUUGACUCCGAGAGAACCUCUUCCCCGGAGAGUCCCGCUCCGCUGUCCUUUUUCCAAGCGUGCUGCAACAACAACGCGCUUACAGUCAAACUCAUGAUUAGACAAGGUGUGACGGAGGAGGACGUCCAGGAGACGGACAAAAACAAAAGAACUGGACUAAUAGUGGCAUGCUACCAAGGGUAUGUGGAUGUGGUGACUGCGCUCUCCCAGUGUCCUCACCUGGAUGUGAACUGGCAGGACAAUGAGGGCAAUACAGCCCUCAGCACCGCUGCCCAGGCGGGUCACAUCACAAUCACUAACUACCUACUCAACUACUUUCCCGGGCUUGACAUCGAGAAGAGGAACUGCUACGGUUUCACCGCUCUGAUGAAAGCUGCUGUACAGGGUCGAGUGGAAUGUGUCAGAGCCCUGAUGCUGGCAGGAGCUGACCUAAACGCCAGGGACAACGGGAGGAAGUUCACUGCGCGAGAGUGGGCCAUCUUCACAAGCCGCUAUGACACCGUGUUCGCCAUGACGCGGCUGAUGCAACAGCCGUGUGCGGAGCAGUUCUGCGAAACCUACCGUCCUGAGUGGCCCCUUCUACCUGCGCUGGUUACCAAAACUCAGACGCCCAAAAGCUGCAUUCAGAAAAUUUCACAGACACUGCGUGACUUCUUUGACAUCAGCAAUGUCACUGCGGCUUCAGACGACGGGGUUCUGGAUCACAUGGUGCGCAUGACAACAGCACUGGGGAGCCCGUUCAUUGCAACGGCAUGUCGAACCGUGUGUCCCGGCAGCCCGCCCUGUGUUGGAAAACGCCGUUACUCGGUUCCGGAGAUACUUAAAAAACAACGAAUCGAGCAGCUAAAAAGUCUGGGACCGGAGUGCCUCGAGAACAAACGUCCCUUUAAGAACUCCCGCGUCCUGCUGGUGCCCAAAUCGAAAGAUCGUCGAGCAAGUCUGCAGCCCCAGGUCCAAUCAGACGACUCCUCGUCUUCCUCACUGGCCGUCCGCAGGGCCAGUCUGCAGCCCUUACACCUGCUGAGGAGGGGCAGCGUUAGGCCAGGUCCGGUGGUGCCCAAGCUGAGGAUUACCAAGGCCCCUACGCCAACCUACAUGCCGGAGAAAGUGCGGCGGAAAAGCAGCUGUAAAGAUGACCAGUUCCUCCAGAUACCAAAGUGGAGAUAUAAAGAACUGAAAGAGGAGCGAAAGAAAGCAGAGGAGGCGGAAAGGAAAAGACUAGAGGACGUAACGAAGAGACAACUCACUACGGGCAAAAGGAAAUAAGUGUGUGGAAACAUACUGUUCACCAUUUAAUACUUGAAAUGCAAUUUUGAUAUUGGAUUCCAAAUUAUUCUACUAUUUAUUGAAAAGAUCCAACCAGAUCAGCUAAAAUGGGUACACUACUAAAACCGGAUGCCACUUUAUGUUUACAUCCUUAAAAAAAAUGAUUAUUUGACUUUUAGAGUUGUCCAUUGUCUCAGAUUGAGCAGUAGCAUUAUGAAUGUAUUUGACACUUUUUCAAUACCUAAUUUUAAAACUGUUUUUAUAAACAUUGUAGAUGUUGAUGGUCUUUUGGCUGCGUCAUGCCUGUAUUUGCACACAUUUCAGAGACAAAUGCUACAGACAAUCACCAGCAAGUAAUGAAAGAUGGAAAAAGAGGUAGUGAUAUCAUUAGAUUUUUUUCUGUGUGUGUAUUUUAAUAUUUAUUUAUACUACUAUAGCACUCUUUAAGUUAAUUACUUCAACGAGCAUGUUCUGAAACUAUUACUGUUCAAGAAAAACAAUGUAUUAUAUUAUACAAAAUGGUAUUUGCUGCCAGAGUGGGGUAAGAUGAGUCAUGCUUGCACACUAAGUGAUUGGCUUUUGGGUAUCAAGGGCCAAACUUACACAGCUGCCUGUGAUGAGAGAUGCAUUUAAAAAAAAAAAAAAGACUAAACAUUUCUUUGCAUGUCAAAUUAAAUCGUUCUACAUGCAAGUUCAAAUGAAAGCCAGCACAAUUUGAUACAGGUUUAAAAAUAUAUAUAAUUUACACUACCAUUCAAAGUUUAGGGUGAGUGAGAUUUGUUUUACAGAUAUUAAUAGAAAUAAAUUAAUAAUUUUAUUUAGCAAAGAUGCAUUAAAUUGAUCAAAAGUGACUGUGUGAAGACUUUUAUAAUGUAACAAAAGAUUUAUAUUUACAAGUCAUUGCUUUUCUUAUGAACUUUGUAUUCAUCAAAUCCAGAAAAAUAUGCAUCAAGGUUUCAGCACUGAUAAUAAUAAAUGAAUCCUGAGCAGCAAAUGAGCAUAGAAUGAUUUUUGAAGGAUCAUGUGACACUGAGUAAUAAGUGUACAUAAUACCGUACAUUUGUAAAUUCACCAAAUCAUUCCUUCUCAGCUAAAACUUUAAAAGUGGCACAGCUUACCCCUCUCUUCCUUAUGGUUUCUUCAAUCCUGGAAAUAGUUAAUCCGAAAUUCAUAUCACAACAAAUCUCAGGUAUGAACACUUCAAUAUGCAGAAUCAAACAAAGUUUAGUUAAAGAAUUCAUAGUGAUAUCAGUUUGAAAUGUCUUCUCACUGAACAUCAGGUCAUCUCAACAGCACCACUGUGCCUCGGUGUCCAACACACAGACCACACAAAACACACACAAGCAGUUGAUUUCAUAAAGAUGUCAUGACCAGCACUAACCUGUUAUAUUAAAAUAACACUGUGUUUAAACUACUGUAGGUUGUACUAAGUAACUUACCAAGAGUAUUGACCAGCAAUGCUUGGAAGAACAAUCUCAUUGUGAUUUUGCAAUAAAAACUGCUUUAUGAUAACAAA